GUGCCUUAUCCUACACGGAGGGAAGUUAUACCGAGUUCCUUUUUCACCUGCACAAGUUCGACUAUGAACCGCGGGAGACUAAGAUCAAAAUGCAGAUCCGAACGCGUGAUCCGGAUGGAGGUUUGCUGAUGCACAAUAACGGAAGUGAAGAAGGCCGCUUUAGUUUACUUGAGGUUGUGCCCUACGAUAUUGACGGGGAAGGGGAGAGUGAACUGAUUGUCACAUAUACACUGGGUUACAAGGACCAAUCCUCUCCAGUUUUGCAACUGACCGGUGUCAACGUGGGCAAUGGUCAGUGGCAUAAUAUAAGCGUGGUACGGGAGAGAACACACGUCACGCUAUCCGUGGACAGUGAUGGUGAUGGAUAUUCUGUAACAGAGCACCUUGGCGCAGAGCACUCUUUGUUUAUUAUUGAUCCCACGCGGACCUACAUUGGGGGCGCCCCACCAUCUAGCACAUCGCGGUAUCGCCGAGCUAACAUUGGAAAAGAUUUUGUUGGUUGUAUAAAUGAUGUGAGAUUUAACGGGCAUUUACUCUAUUAUUACAAUGGAACAAACGCUUUAGGAAACGCUCGGUCUGUAGGGGUCAGUGAAGGUUGCUUGGCAGAACCCAUGUGUGAACCUAACCCAUGCAACAUCUCUGAAUGGUGCCGAGACGUGUGGCGGAAGUUUGUCUGCCUUCCUCGCUUGUGUACUACCCAGCCGUGUAAGAAUGGCGGAACAUGUUUCGAAGGGGCUGAUUCCAGGGGAAACAACAAGUUCUUCUGUAAAUGCCCGUUGGGUUUCGAAGGCGCUCUUUGUGAUGUGCGUGGCCGGUCCGUGGUUGUUCCUGAAGUAACUGGUGCUAGAGUAGAAGACGGCUUAAUUAUCGGGUUAGCAAUCCUGGUGGUGACGCUGAUCUUAUCAGCUUGCAUUACAUUCGUUUACCUCCGCCGCUCUCGACCGAAGAAGCAUGAUGUUUUUGAUGAAGAAGAUCAGUUUAAGCGGGACAAUGUUGCCAAUUACCGCAUUGAGGGAGGUGGGGAAAUGGACCUGGAAGAAGAAGAUCAAGUAAGGGACAUAUUGAGAUCCUUUGAAACAAACGAUUUCAGUCCGUGUCUAAAUAAAACGUUUAAAAUAUCGGGAAGCAACGGUGACGUCAGCGGACCAUAUGUCGUGCUCACUGCACUUAAAAGGGAUGUCGAUGGAAGACAACCCAGCGGAGUGCCUGGCUCAAACCCUCUUCAAAGGCCUGUUAAACUGGAUAAACAAGCUGUACAGCGCUCAUAUUCCCAGGAGGGCUCUGAUCAGGAGCCCCCGGACUCUUCUUCUUCACCGUCAGCGGUAUCCACCCCUGAACGGCGCAGGCGCGUUCGUACCUCGUCCAAAGGAGAGGAAAGACAUAGUCCGGAAGGGGGUGAGGAAGGGGUUGAGGGAAGUCCUACUCGGAAACUGACGGAAGUGUUCGGAUUGAGCGAAGAAGAGCAAGAGAGAAUGAGAUCACCGCCGGAAGGAUUUUCGUCGCCGGAAAAGUACCAGAGCUUGAGUAAAAGAGAGCGAGGAAAUGGUGCUUCACUGCAGAGACCUAACAAAAUGGAGGAAGAAUCAAGAAAACCUCCACAGUGUGUGGAAGAACUACCUCUGUCUCACAAUGGCGUGGAAUCCUUCGCAAUGGAGAAUCCUCUGUCGCGUCCUAGUAGUGACUUACACAGCUCGGCUAUAGAAGAUGGAUUCUCUCCCGUUUAUCGGAACUCUAUCCCCCCACGAAAACCCCCACGAGCCUGCUUUCCGAGGGGGAUGCCACCCCCACCGGGUAACUUCAUACCGGAGGAUUUAAUGCAGAGGUUUUGUUAUGAGGGGGCUGGUUCCCCCACCAUUUCGCUAAGCACUCUGGGAGACACGGAAGGCGAGUCGGAAGCUGGUGAUAAUUUUGAGUGUGUGAAUCAGAUGGGGGAGAAGUUCAAGAAACUGGCGCGUAUUUACGGACAGACUCACUCGGUAACCUUCAGUCCACACGACGAGGUCAUCGGAGAAUAAAGCUGUUUAGGUUACAAGAACUGAACGAGAUGCACUGCACUACCACCGAUAAUAUGUUGAUGAAGAUCUUGAGAUGAAAAUCGAUAUUAAGACACUUAACUUCCCCACCCUAUAAAUGACAUUAAAUUAGCCAAGCUAAGAAUGAUAAAACUCUUUACGUUAUAAAGAGGGAGGGGUGCUACCGACACAAAGAUAAGACUUUUGGUGGCCAAAGUCGAGGUCUCAGAAUGUUAAUGCUAAGAAGUGUAGCUUAAAAAUCCAAACUACUUAAAUCCUUAGCUUUAGGCACGUAACGGUUUCUGCGCUCAAAGUGAAUCUUAAGCCUCUCGUUUCUUUCAGAGAUCUGUUGCUUAUCACAUAUAUAGUAAUUUAAGGCGCUGGAGUUAUGUUGAAAUUAAAGGACAACAAAUUUGUUUUCCAGCAAUGUUACGUUUGGUUCAUGUUGAAUAUAUUUUUUUUAUCAUUAUCAGGAAAUUAACAGAUGAUGCGAUUUCAUUUUAUUAGCUUACUUAAAAGGAAUAUCGUUUCUGGAGAGUACUUCUCUCCAGUACUAUGUGAAAAUAUUUGAUAUUUUCUAGAGUUAUGAUAUUAUAUUUUGAUAUUUGAAAUAAUGUAAAGUAGUUUUAUUCAAGCGGUUAAAAGUUUUCGAACAUGCGCUAGUUUUCAAGGUGCUGUAAAACGCAUCUGUCUUUUCCUUGGACUAUAACUGUUGCCUUGAUUUUGGCAGUGGUCAAAGCAUACUUUGCUUUAGGUCUGACCUUGAAUUAUCAAUAAUCACUGAUUCACUAUGGGGAACCAUAUGUUGAGUGUGCUAAGCCUUGCUGACACCAAGUUCUCCGUUUAAUUAGUUAGGAGUUUAGUUCAAAUGAGUCGUAACAGGAAGUUUCAGGUUUUUCUUUUUUUAAAUUGGGUCUGUCAUGUCCAGAUUGAGUUAAGACUCAUUUGAAAACCGCUCGUAUGAGGAGUGUAAAUAUGAUAAAAAGAAAUGAGUGAAAGGAAACUUCACUCGUUAAGUGAGGUGGAGCGCCCACUUUUCUUGACCAAAACACAUGAAUGAUUUUGUAUGGCUGUAAAAAAUGUGUUCACUCUUUGAGAGAUUGCCUGAUUACGAUUCAGUAAAGAGAAAUAGUUAACAGA